CGCGAGUUCUCCCAGAUCUAUGACCCCAAGCGCACCUCCUAUGGUGAUUUCGAUGAGAUCUUCCGCCAGCUCCAGAAGGAGGCCGAGGCUCGGGCGGAGGAGAUGCGGAAGUCCAAGCAGGCCGGCCGUGUCCCCGUUGCGCCCAGCAAGAAGCAAGCCCCUGGUGGCGCCGCCAGGGGCUCGGGGAAGCAACGAAGCAGUGGUGGCGGCGGCAAUGGUGGUGGUUCUGGGAAAGAUGAGUCUGAUGGCGAUUCAGGAAAGGGGCGUUGGUUAGCGAAUGGUAGUUCGAACGGGCAAGAGAACGGAAUUAAGGAGAAUUCUCGCGCCCCAAAUACUGUUGUAAAGGGAAAAGAGAACGGAGCCCCAGACAUUGGGGCUUUCGAUGUAAAUAAGCUACAAAAGUUGCGAUCCAAAGGUGGGAAGAAGUCGCAUACUGGUGGCGGUGGCACUAAGGCUGCCAAGGCAGAGCCGACGAAGACUCUGAAGAAAAAUAGGGUUUGGGAUGAUUCGCCUUCCGAGUCAAGACUGGAUUACACGGAUCCAGCGAAUGAGAGAGGGGAAGGGCAUGCCGAGGUUGUGGCAGCAGAUCAGGGAGAGAGCAUGAUGGAUAAAGAGGAAGUCGUGAGCAGCGACAGUGAGCAUGAGGAAGAUGAGGAAUUGGAGAACGAGAAGCCUGGCAUCAAGAAGAAGGGCUGGUUUUCGUCUAUGCUUCAGAGCAUUUCAGGCAAUGCUGUGUUAGAGAAAUCUGAUUUGCAACCAGCACUGAAAGCUCUCAAGGACCGGUUGAUGACUAAAAAUGUGGCUGAGGAAAUUGCUGAAAAGCUUUGUGAAUCAGUAGCAGCUAGCCUUGAAGGGAUGAAGCUGGGCUCCUUUACCAGAGUUUCUUCAACAGUCCAGACAGCUAUGGAAGAGGCGCUUCUUCGCAUUUUAACUCCAAAGCGGUCCAUUGACAUUUUGCGGGAUGUCCAUGCUGCUAAGGAGCAAGGAAGACCUUAUGUUGUUGUUUUUGUUGGUGUCAAUGGAGUUGGGAAAUCUACUAAUCUUGCCAAAGUUGCAUACUGGCUUUUGCAACACAACAUUAAUGUCAUGCUGGCAGCAUGUGAUACAUUUAGGUCAGGUGCUGUUGAACAGCUCCGCACACAUGCACGCCGACUCCAGAUUCCUAUAUUUGAGAAAGGCUAUGAGAAAGAUCCUGCAAUUGUAGCUAAGGAAGCUAUCCAGGAGGCUAAACGCAACAAUUCAGAUGUUGUUCUUGUUGAUACAGCUGGCCGUAUGCAGGAUAACGAGCCACUCAUGAGGGCACUCUCCAAGCUCAUCAAUCUCAACAACCCAGAUCUGGUUCUUUUUGUCGGAGAGGCAUUGGUAGGAAAUGAUGCGGUGGAUCAGUUAACAAAGUUUAACCAGAAAUUAGCGGACCUGUCCACAGUUCCGAACGCCAGGUUGAUCGAUGGCAUCCUGCUCACCAAGUUCGAUACGAUUGACGAUAAGGUUGGAGCAGCUCUUUCCAUGGUUUAUGUUUCUGGAGCUCCUGUGAUGUUUGUUGGUUGUGGCCAGUCCUACACAGACCUUAAGAAGCUCAAUGUCAAGUCCAUUGUCAAAACUCUGUUGAAGUGAAUGUAAUCUGUUUGCUCUCUCAUCAUCGUUUGCUACUCCUGCAUGAGUUUUAAAUCUCCCAUGACCUCAUUUCCUUGACGUUGGAAACAUACGAAUUAUAUAAUAUCUUUAGGUUUGGAUUCAUUA